AUGAUGGAAGGCGGCGAGCUGGAAUUUCUGCCAGACGAACAAUCCGAUGAUGUGGAAGUGACAGAUGUUGAAUCAGUCGACGGAACGAUAAUCAUGACGACUUCGAAGAUGAUCCGUCACAAAACCGCACAGUUGGAUCAGAAAAUCCAGGAAUUGGAGCGCCGGUGGGCAAACAGACCCACUGAACAAGGACUAUUGAUUACCGAAUCACAAUUGGAUAUUCUUCAUUGGAAAGUUUUAGAGGAGGAAAUGAACACUAUUAUUGAGGAAUUAAACAUCCUUGAUACAUUGAUCUUUUUGAUAAGCCGUCUUCUCGAUGAAGAGCCUUCUCGUGAGAAUCCUGAUCAAUCGCUCAAUUUCACCCGGAACCCCAAAUCGGCGUCAACACUGAAUAUUCCUCCUUCAUUGUCGUUAUCAUCUUCUGCCUCUGGUAUCUAA